UUGCUUUCUUCUCAUUGCUGACUGCAUCACUCUAAUUCCAUCCAAAUCAUGGCGGAUAUACCAUAGUGGGUUCAAGCUAUUAACUAAGGCAAAACAAACCAUGAGACAGCAUGCCCGCCGCUGAACUGGCUGCUACCAACCGAGCAAGGUCCACCGAGACCUGAAGAAAUCGAUGGCAGCCACUCGCAGCAGCUUGCCGCUGCCGUCGGCAGCUUUGGCCAUGUACCAACAACCCCUGCAACCACCGCCACCGCCAACCCUGCCGCCACCACCUCUUCACAAGCAGCCGGUGAAGAAGAAGCCCAAGGCACCUAAAUCCAAGGUUGCAGCGAAACGGUCGUCGUCCACGAUAUCGGUGCCCCCUCCUCCGCCGUGGCCCGUCGUGGACAACCGCCCGAGACCAGGACCCAACCCUGUGGUGAUUUUCUCCGUCGCCUUCGUGGUCAUUGUCGUUCUGGCUGUUGCCGCCUUCUUUCAGGUCCGCGACCGCGUGGAGUCCAGUCCGGAAGCGCGACGGGCCAGGCAGGCCGCGGCCGCAGCGGCCACCAAGACUACCACUGAAGAGGACGAGCCGGCCACCACGCUUCGGCUCACGGACAACACUGAGGAGGAGACGCUGCCCACCGCGGUGUUCCUGCCCAAGGCGCGAACGCGCACAAUCAAACCAUCCAAGAAAGGCCGUUGAAUUCUUGGCGGCGGUGCCCUAGAUGGGCACACCUACGCCAGCCGCCGUU